UAGUUGCUCAACAAGCCACAGCUCAACAGCCAGACCUCUUAUUCCACUUUUGUCUAAACGACAAAGGUAACUACACCCUCAACAGUACCUACCAUGCGAACCUCAAUCACCUCCUCAACACCUUUCCCAGCUCCCAAAAUGACAACGGUUACGGCUUUUAUAAUCUCUCCUACGGCAAAGGCUCAGACCAAGUUUACGCAAUCGGACUAUGCCGCGGAGACGCUAAGCCCGAUGACUGCCGGAGUUGCCUCAACAACUCCACCCAUCGUCUCACAGAUAUCUGCCCCAACCAGAAGGAGGCAGUCGGAUGGUACGACACCUGCAUGUUACGCUACUCGAAUAGGUCCAUGUUGGGCUCUCCUGACACUACCCCUAGAUUCUUCAUGUCGAACGUCAAUAAUGUAUCGUCUUCUAAUGCUAAAGCGUAUUUUGAAGAUCUUAGGACGUUAUUAGAUGAAUUGAAAAGCAAAGCCGCUUCCGGUGGCUCUCUUCGUAAGUACGCGACGGGAAGUGCAAGCGCUCCGGAGUUUUUAACCAUAUACGCACUCGUGCAGUGCACGCCAGACUUGUCCGAGCUCCAAUGUAUCAAUUGCUUGGACACCAUGUACGGUCGUAUUCCGGCAUGUUGUGAUGGAAAAGUAGGAGGCAGAGUUAUUGGCCCGUCUUGUAGUGUAAGGUACGAGAAAAACCUCUUCUAUGGAUCUACAGAUGACGCGCCACCUCCAUCUCCAACAGUAACGACAGAACCACCGCCGUCGACUAGUAACACCACAAACAAUGUUACAGAAGGAGAAAAGAGUAGUGACAAGUCUAGAAAUAUUAUUAUUGCUGUUGUGGCCACAGUUGCGGGUGUGGUACUAAUCAUCUUAUUCGUUGUGUGUUUAAGAUUGAGGAAGCCAAAGAAAAAAAUUAUAGCUCAAAUAACAUACGAACCAGUGGAAGAAAUUGAAAGUGCGGAGUCGUUGCAGUACAAUUUUGACACCAUUAGACUUGCAACAGAUCAGUUUUCUGAAGAAAAUAAGCUCGGACAAGGUGGAUUUGGUGCCGUUUAUAAGGGCAGCCUUCCCGAUGGACAAGAAAUAGCUGUGAAAAGGUUGGCUAAGGGUUCAGGGCAAGGAGAUCUCGAAUUCAAGAACGAGGUCAUGCUAGUUGCAAAGCUUCAACACCGCAAUCUUGUUAGGCUCCUUGGUUUCAGCUUGAAAGGAAGUGAAAGGCUUCUUGUUUAUGAAUUUGUCGAAAAUGCAAGUCUUGAUCAAUUCAUAUUUGAUUCAAGAAAGCGAGCAACUUUGGAUUGGGAUAGACGUUACAAAAUAAUAGAAGGCGUAGCUCGAGGUCUCCUUUAUCUUCACGAAGAUUCUCGAUUGAGAAUUAUCCAUCGAGAUCUUAAAACAAGUAAUAUCUUAUUAGAUAAAGAAAUGCAGCCUAAGAUUUCAGAUUUUGGAAUGGCAAGACUUUUUGUUGUUGAUCAAACACAAGGAAAUACAAGUCGAAUAGUGGGAACAUAUGGAUACAUGGCUCCAGAAUAUGUUUUGCAUGGACAAUUUUCACCCAAAUCUGAUGUAUUUAGUUUUGGUGUUUUACUUUUGGAAAUAAUAAGUGGGCAAAAGAACAAUUGUUUUCGUCAAGGAGAGAAUGUAGAAGACCUUUUAAGCUGUACAUGGAGAAGUUGGAGAGGAGGAAAUGCUUCAAACAUAAUAGAUCCAAUAAUGCGAGUUGGGUCGGCAUCUGAAAUAAUGAGAUGUAUUCAUAUAGGGUUGUUGUGCGUCCAAGAAAAUAUGGCAAACAGACCAACCAUGAAUACUAUUGUGCUCAUGUUAAACAGUAACUCUCUUUCUCUUCCACUGCCCUCCGAGCCAGCUUUCUUUAUGCAUAGCAAUACAGGAUCAAAUAUGACAUUUGGAUCUAAUUUGAUUCCAAGUGUGAACACUGAAUCAUCCAAUCAUUCAGAAAGGGAGUCCAUUAAUAGCACUUCAAUUACAGAACUCUAUCCUCGAUAAUUUGAUGGUAAUAUUUGUACUCACAAAGUGAGAAUGGUUGUCUAUACGUAGGAACAAAAAUGUCCUUUAGAAUUUUAUUUUCUUGUUAUGCUAAUGAUCUUUAUUGUGUUUUUCCCUUUUGAUCAUGUAUGGCAUGGUUUUAUCUUAAGUAAAAUUUUGAAAAGAAAAUUGUUUUCA